AUGAAUUAUUCAAAACACCAAUCUAGUAUUUGCCCCACCAACGGUCGUCAAACCGUUGGAGAUGGGGCGUUCUCUUUCGACAUGACUCCUAGCGUGCUUGCGGUGUGCCAGAUGCAGGGCACCGACGAGAUGUACUAUUACUCUACCACUGGCGGUUUUAACGCCCCCAAUGCAAAAUGCCCUCCAGAUCGAGGGUCGUCGGACUGGGUGACAGACAGUCUGGCGUCUACGAUUUCCUCCUCUCCUUCAGACACCUCAUCCACGCUAUCAUCAUUCGGAGCAGAAAACUUCCCCAACGCCAUAGAGUGCCCUCCCACACCGCCUCCCGACCACGACAUCCUUGGCGGCGCGCUCGCGCACGGCAGCGCGCCGCGCGCCAUCAUCCACAAGCAUAUCGGCUCACCCUUCCCCGACCUUGUCACGCCCCCGCUGACGCCUGACGAUGCCGGGGAGGGUGACGGCAGUGUUGCUGCCAUCAGUGCAAAACAGGCCAACGCCGCGCUUGACUUCCUGUCUGCACUCUUCCCACGGAACGCCCUCGGUGCGCUCCCUCAUGCUAAGAGCGUCUCCAUUUCCGCGCCGAACAUGGAUGCCACGUUCGAGGGCGUCGUCCUCGAAUUGCCUGGCAAGCCGAAGACGCUCUAUGUGGACCCUAAAAGCGCGGCCAAUGUCAAUGUGCGAGAGAGCAUCGUUGCACUCUUGGACUUGGCGGACGAACGCUUGCAGUGCUCUGCAUUGGUCAUCGCUCUCGAGCGGUCCUCCCCCGCGCUGGGCGAGCUUCUUCACUCGCUCAUGGAUGGAAAUCUAAGGUGGGCUAGGUUGGUGAACGGGGGGUAUGCUUGGGGUAAGAUUCUGUUUGAACAGGCGCUUCUUCACCUAUUCCCUCUCCUUGUCUCUCUACAUCGUCCCCGCACUUCCCAGCUGCCGUAUAGGUUUCCAACAAUCGAAAUGGGAAAUAUCCUAGGCUCAAUCGUCAGCGGGGUCGUCGACAUCCUCUGCGGGUCGCCCAUAAAGGAGGAAUCGGCUCCCCCGCAAGGCCAGCAAUACAUCCCGCCCGUCGAGGUCCCACACAAGCCGGUAACGCAGCAAUACCAGCCCGCCUAUCCCGUCACACAGCGGCCGCCGCAUCCGAGUCCGCCCCCGCACCCCGUCUCGCCGCCGCCCCGGAACCAGGCGCAGGCGAACCAGCAGAACGAGCACUACACAGCGCUUCGGGCGCGCGCGAGCGAGGCGGGGGCGCAGAUGGCGCGCAGCUUCGAGGAGAGCCACGCCGCGUAUGCGGGCGGCGAACGCGCGCGCGCUAAGGAGCUCUCCAACGAAGGCAAGGCACACCAACGCGAGAUGGAGCGGCUGAACGCACAGGCGAGCGAGUGGAUCUUUACUGAGAAUAACAAGGCGUGUGACUGCCUCGCUUCGAUGUUGGAUGAAUCAAUUAACGCGUCGAAUAGGGUCGCGAUCCAAGGCGCGCGGCGACGAGGAGAUGCUAAGCUGCAUCUUAUAGUCGGCAAGGGGCUGCACUCGCCGAACGGCGUUGCGAAGCUGAAGCCCGCGAUCGAGGAGCUGAUGCAGCAGAACGGCCUCAUUGCGGAGCUGGACCAGGGCAAUGAGGGCGUGCUGAUAGUCAACCUGGACGGGCAGCCUAGUGGGCAGGGGCGCGUUAUCCGUCCGGAUGACAUCGCGCGCGGCUUGGAGAGGAGGGAUGAGGGGUGCACGAUCAUGUGA